GCGGAAUCACUGUUGCAACGAACAACGGAAGAAAACGGUUGUGCAAUUACUGUGCUUUUGAGGUGUCCAACUUAGGCGAAGCAAUAAUGAUCUGAGAUUUAAUCAUGCGUUUGAGGUUCGAACCACGGUACCAACGCAGUGCACAGCAUCCCAUCUGAACCGUGCAUCGGAGUGAUUGAAUGUGUUUUCCCAGGAAAUCGUGUAGCAAGCCAUAAAAUGCGUCUUUCCGCUCGCAUCAAGUGUUUCAAGUAUUUAGUGUAUGCGUAUGUGAUUUUAAUAUCGAUAUGUGGCGGCGCGCAGCUAGUAAUCGGAGCAUUCCUAUUAUGGACCCAUAAGCAAUACGCACCGAUCGUAAAGAAUCAGUUCUGGGAACCGUUUGCCGUAUUGAUCGCGCUUGGUGUAGUCUCGCAGGGGCUCGCUUACCUAGGGUGGACAUCGGCGAGCCGGAAGCAUCGGUGUUAUUUAGGAUUGUUCUGUGCAUUUUUAGUGGUCUUCAUUGUGAUUUUAUUCUUAGUAAGCGGGUGGGCAGUGGCCACCAAGGCGCAUCUCAUCGUACCGGCCGAACUGGCUAUCGAGACGAGCUUUAGCGAGUUUCUGGCAAAAGACAACACCAACGAUCAGACGCACAUCUGGAACCGUUUGCAGCGCGAUUUCCAUUGCUGCGGCUAUAAUGGUAUCCAUGACUACAAAAAGAACAAACAGAUGGGUUUCCCAUGGUCCUGCUACGAUCCGAUCGACACGAAAGUCUUCAACACCGGCUGCAUGCACGUGUUCGUGCGGAGCAUCGAGAUGAACAUGAUUCGUGUCGCUGUGGUUGCGGUUGCCUCCGCGCUAGUACAGAGCCUAGGCAUAUUCUGUGUCAUCCAGUUGCAGAUGUUGCUGCGACGGCCGACCUUAAUGUUGCCAAACGGGGACCACCACUCGAUGCGGGUAAAGCGAACGCGCGAGCAGACUCCUCUUUCGACGGCCACCAUCGGCAAUCCUACACCGCACAGCAGUACAAAACCGCCGAUUCCGCUGAAACCCGUCGUGCCACGCGUAGAUCAACCGAUCAUGAAGUCCUCUCAUUGAAUCGCCACCGCCUAAUCAAACCCAACAGCCAGCAUACCGGCAAUCGUGCCCAUAAUCGUUAUAUUGUCAAUAUCGUACGGAGUAGUUUCUCCUUUUUAACGAAUCAGAAGAAGUACGCAAAGUAAUUUCGCAUUUCGUUUUAUUUUUUAAUCAUUCGUCCGUUUAGGCGUUAGGGUAAUAAUGUACUUAAAUUCCGCGCUUUUAGACCUUUUGGCCGUUAAGAUGCGUUUCUGGGGAAUCAUCUUGAGGCUAACGGUUAAGCACAAGCAACGAUCGAAUAUAUAAUUAUAGCUUAAGGUAGAGUUUGUAAAAAUAGAGAGCUAUGAACAUGAA